GUUUGCGCUUGACGACUGCGGCUCUCUGGGAAGCAUUCUCAUUUCUCUCCUCUUCGAUAAAUUCAUCCACGGCGCAUACACACACGUGUAUACAAACAUCGCGAUCACGUCGGACGGUGCUUUUGCGUAACAAAGUGUGAAUUACUCGAGCGCGAUCAUCGCAUUCGCGCUUCCAGUUUCUCUUCUCCAUCCGCGAAAACAGGCCCGAGUUCUCGUACAUUGGCAAUCGGAGCUCUCCGAAUUGUUCGUUACGAGUUGCUGCUCUUUGAUUUUUCCGCUCGAAGAUACCGUCAAAAUACCCCGUUAAAUUGGGUCCUUUCCAAAACCCAUCGACGAGUGUGCGUUCACAUUUGAGACAAAUAAAACUCGAACACGCGCUUCGAGUCGCGCGCGCGAUUAAAAUAAUUCUUCUUUCCCUCCCUUCGCUUCUCCAUUAUCGAGUGUUACGCGGAUAAAUUCGUUUUAGAAAACACUCGGAGACCGCUCUAGAAAUGGUUAGGGAAAGUGAACAACGCGAGGUGGAGUAAAGGCAGGCAGAAGAAAGAAAUCAAUUGGAAUGUUCCUCGCUCCAGUACGCUUUUCUAUCCGAUCAUCUCGUAAAAAUGGACCAAUUUUAUUCCCUCUUCUCGUAACUCGCCGAACGUGAUGCCGGUGCUGCUUCGUCUUCUCGUUCUUCUGGCCCGAGACGGAGCCGACGCAACGAUCAGGACUUUACUGAGGUUGCGUUCGCCAACGAUCCACCAGGUGUUGGCCGACUGUCGCAAUCAGCCGCCCACGCGCGAAACGGACAAAUUGAGCGAUCGACGGAUCGGCUGACAAUCGCGACGAGCCGUCUCUCCUUUACUGCAAAUACGGGAGCGCGUUUUCGCAUCGGAACCGUGCGAAUGAGCCGAUUCGGUGUUAGCCGCCGUUGCAGCUCGCGGGGGUGGGAAAAAAAUGCGGGCGAUCGCGACAAGCGGACGUGGGAAAUGGUCUCGAUUUCUCAGGCGAAAUUUGAAUGCCGUUUUGUUUUAUUUUCAAAAGCGAUCGUCGCCGUAUUCGCGGAGACACGCGGACGAAUGUGCUUGUGAGAACAGUGAAGAAGUACGAGGUACGGACGCGUACACACCGAACGCUUCACCCCGUGGACCGAGGGUCGUGGCGAGAGAAUAAACGGCGAUAAUAACAUGCUGAGCAUCGUCGAACGCAAGGACAGUCGUACGUCGUGGCCAAUGACGCGCUUCCCCGACGGAAACGUGGACAAUUUGCGCGGUGAUAAUAAGACGGUGGGUGAUUCGAGAGUGAGAAGAAACGGGUCGAAUAAUUUUGGUGCCGGAAGAGACGUAGCUCGUGAAGGUGCUUGGCAGAGGAACAGCAAAGCUCUCUUCUGCGCUCUGGGUCAGCUGGGCUGUAACGAUUCGCAUUACACUCCGGACACGGUUGGAACGUGGAAAUUUCACAGGGUCCCUCCCCGACAGAGCCAUGAGGGCAUGAGCGCCGGAGGAGACGGAAGCGGAGUAGGCGGUGGUGUACAAAAUGCCGGUGGAGGUGGGAGGAACACGCCGCCGCAUGGAUCACCAACGCCAAUGGACAAAGCCACCUUGAAAGUACACUUGCCGAACGGCGGUUUCAACGUUGUCAAAUUUGGCGACGCGAUCGAUGUAAAAGGCAUUAUUUCACUGGUGACCAGCCGUUUGGCCGUCGGCACGAGGCAUUAUCGAAAUCUCUACGCUAUGAGACUUCACCAUCCUGGGUCCGGCGAAAGCUACUGGCUUCAUCAAGAUACCACCAUGUAUCAGGUGCAAGAAAAAUACGAGAGGAAACAUCCCCAUAGCGAGUGGAGAUACGAACUCAGAGUUCGUUAUUUGCCACAAAAUCUAAACGACCUUCACGAGAAGGAUAAAGUCACCUUCUAUUACUACUACGAUCAGGUACGAAAUGAUUAUCUGAACGCGAACCACGUAGCGUUGGACCAAGAUGUGGCUGUUCAACUCUGCUGUCUAGAAAUACGCUACUUUUUCAAAGACAUGCCUCAAGUCGCUCUCGACAAGAAAAGCAACUUGGAAUAUUUGGAGAGAGAGGUGGGACUGCACAAGUUCCUUCCGCGAUCGGUGCUGAACGGUGUGAAAGCAAAAACUCUGAGAAAACUCAUACAGCAACAUUUCAAAAAAGUCGCCGCCCUCACCGAGCUCGAAUGUAUGUUCAAGUUCUUUGAGCUGUUACAAUCUCAUUAUAGAUUCGAUCAAGAGAGGUUCAUAUGCGCUUUGGGGACAAGUUGGUCGAUACGCGUAGAGCUAGUCAUCGGGCCUGAUCUUGGAAUCUCUUACAUGGCGCAUCGAGGUGGGACCGUGGUGAGUCCCGAAAUAAUUUAUCCUGUCUCUAGUGAUGUGAAUUUACAGCCAACGAGAAUGGCGGAAUUUUCUCAAAUUCAGUCGAUACAGACUCUUGUUUCUGACUGCAAAGAACACGCAAAGGCUUGUAUAAAGUUGCGAGUCGCGGGGGCUGCUGAAACGCUGAGCAUCACCUGUUCGAGCCUCGAUCAAGCCGAGAGCCUCGCUGAUCUCAUUGACGGCUAUUGCAGACUCGUAACGGGCAGCAAUACGUCGCUCUGGAAUCGCAAGGCUGCUUCAUGGAAAAACUAUCCCUGUCCUUGCAAAGACGCUCAUCCACCGAAGUACAGGCAAGAUGGCUCCGGCAGUCCGGAGAAGAAUGCCGGUAAAACUGGCACUAUUUUAUCGGAGGAUUAUGCCGAAAUCGUCGACGAGGAAGGCGACUACUCGACACCAGCCACACGAGAUUACGAGAUCGUGAGAAACCAAGUGGAGCUCGGAGAAAUAAUUGGAGAGGGUCAAUUUGGGAAUGUGCACAAAGGCUCGUACAAAGGACGGGACGGUCAGUCGAUCGCCGUUGCGGUAAAAACGUGCAAGGUCGAUGCCGACUCGGCAACAGCUGAUAAAUUUCUCGAAGAAGCCUAUAUAAUGCAGCAGUUCGAGCAUCCUUACAUAAUAAGACUGAUCGGUGUGUGUUCGGAAGCGCCGAUAUGGUUGAUAAUGGAACUAGCCAAAUUGGGGGAGAUGAGAGCUUAUUUACAAUCGAACAAGCAUCGUCUCGAUCUCGCGACUCUUCUUCUCUACACUUUUCAAUUGAGCACGGCCUUGUCUUAUCUCGAGAGUAAAAAAUUCGUUCAUCGUGACAUAGCGGCGAGAAACGUGCUCGUAUCGUCGCAUAAUUGUGUCAAGCUCGCUGAUUUUGGUCUGAGUAGAUGGGUCGAGGAUCAGAGUUAUUAUAUUGCGAGCAAAUGUAAAUUACCCAUCAAGUGGAUGGCACCUGAAAGCAUUAAUUUUCGAAAAUUCACCACCUCUUCGGACGUGUGGAUGUUUGGUGUAUGUAUGUGGGAAAUUUUGAUGCUCGGCGUAAAACCAUUCCAAGGAGUCAAGAAUAAUGAAGUUAUUCGUAAGCUCGAGAACGGUGAACGGCUGGCACUCCCGAACCAUUGUCCGCCAAGAUUGUACUCGCUCAUGUCGCAGUGUUGGAGUUACGAACCGAGCAAACGGCCAACUUUCAAAGAUAUUCGAGAAAAUUUACACGAAAUCUUGUUGGAAGAGAAACAUCAGCAACAAGAGACGAUGAGACGCGAGAAUAGGAGAGUCCAGGCAAUGUCUUGGGGUGCCGACGAGGUCCCACCUCCAAAACCGUCGCGUCAGCCGCAGAUUCAGUCGGAGCAGCAACAAACGAGCACAGCUGCAGCUCCAGUUUCAACGUACAUCGUCGCACAAAGUCCGGAGGUAUUGGCCCAAUUAUUGAAGGACAAUCAAGCGCGGGGGGUAUGUCCCUCUGUUUAUACGACGCCCGCUUCGCCCUUCAACACCCUCGCAGUACAAUUCCAAGAGGAGGACAAGGUCCUUACUACAUCGGUAGUCACGGAUCUGCCCUUUUUCGAUUCGACAUCCGUAACGUCAGAGACGACAAGCAGCCCGUACAACGACUCACAGUCGACAUGCGGUGACUCAACACAGUCCGAGACGAAUAUGGAUUCGAUCGAAUCCUCGGAAACAUUAUCCCCAAUGAUGUCAAGCCUAAAUAUCACGGAUCCAGUCCAAAUACAAUCUUCUUCUCCUGCGUCGUGUCGAAAACAACGGAAGAUUAAAGAGAUGCAAAAUUUGUAUUCGGUCAGUUCGAAGAUCGUUGGUAGUAUAACGGGUGACGUUUAUUCACCGGUGCAAAAAUUUUCAUCGGUCGCCUCUUCGUCUCCGGUAUCAAAUGCAACGACGACCACGACGAGCACUAGCAAUACCUCGUGCGGUGCUGAGAUUUACGGUCCGGUGGCUAAUUUUACUCAGAGCUCAGCGAUAAUGAGCAAUUUUUCACAAUCCCCAUCAGUAGGAGGAAAUUAUUGCGAAAAUCCUGGUAUUUACGGACCCGGCGGUUUAAACAAUUCGAUCAACGCUCAACACCUGGCUAAUUCAAAUUCGACUCAUUUCCCGGUUAGCUCGCAUGUCUCAAAUUCAAGCUCUGUAAUGCCCGCUUUUUCCACUACCAAUAUGUCCCAAGCUUCGAGCAUUCCCGUAUCUCACAACACCAGUUAUUCUUCUUCUCCUUCUUCGUCUCCGUCCUUGUCCUCCGCCGUUCACUCCAUCUCCGCCCCGCCCCCUUGCUUUUCUUCUUCGUCUCCUUCGCCUACUCCCUCAUCUCUCGUCUCAACUUCGUCGAUUCCCAUCGUAUCGUCCUGCUCGUCGACGGCUUCGAGCAAUUAUUGCAAUACCUCUCUUGCCGAUGGUGGUGGUGGUGGCGGUGGCGGUGGUGGCAGUGUCGCUUGUAUGAGCUCCGUGAGCAACGCAAUACCGAACUCUGGUAUAGAAUGCUUGUACGGCCCGGUUCUUAAAUUUCGCGCACAAACCGCGGUCAGUCAAAACUGUGUUGAAUUGAAAGCAGCUACGCCGCCCAACGUUUCCUACAUGCAAAAUCCACGAGCCGUCGUUGUCAACAGUCCAACACUGGGGCAAAACUAUUCGCAACAACAGCAGCAGCAGCAACAACAACAACAACAACAACAACAACCUCAACCGAUCUACGUUCAGAAUUAUCAGCCACAGCAGAUAUAUUCAAACGUUGGACAAUCGGGUCAACCGAUUUACUUGACUCGCGGACAAUUUUCGACGAGCUCGCAAAAACCACAAAACGUCAAUCAAGCCCAAUGCAUUAUAACAUCGGGCCAACAGUACAUGACUCACCAUCACGCGCAGAUGAACGAUCAAAACCAAAUAUACACCGUUCACGCGAUACCGGCAAACGUUAUACAAGCGCAUAAAAUGCAAAAUUUCGAGCCUCGCAACAACGUAGCCGUUCACCCCCAAGCCAAUUACCCACUUGGACAAUCGUCUCAGCACAAAGUCGAACAUAUCACCAACACCGGACUCAUUCACGGGCACGUAGUUUACUCGCAGUAUCCUCUUUCCUGCUCGUCUCAGCCGCAUCAGACCAAUCAGUACGUAGCGCAGGACGGCGCUACUAAUUUUAUUCCCAACGAGAUGGAUCAUCACAAACAGCAACAGCAACAACAGCACUAUGGUCAGAUGCCACAAAUGAUAAAUUACGGACAAGUCAGUCACGUCAUACCGCAACACUGUUUAACUAACUCUGCGAUCGUUCAACAAUGUGGCCCACAAAUUGCCAGUGGUGUCGUCGCCAGAGUAACCGCCAGUGUUCCUCAUAACAAAGGGGACGAACAACACUAUUCAGCGGAUUGCGAUUUACCCGGCUCGCUCGUGUCCACCGGAGUCGACGACGGCACCGUAUCCUCCAGCGGUUCUAUUCUCGAGGACUCGAAGCCAGAGCAGUUUCAGAGAAACGCCCAUUCACAGAUUCUCGAGAGCAGCUCGAACGAGGGUAACUCGUGCAACGUUGACGACGAGCAGAAAUUAUUGGAGCAACGGCUCUUUGAACAACAAAGACAAUCGGAAGAGGACAGUCGAUGGCUCGCGAGAGAAGAGAAGCGGCUAUCGAUCGCAACGAGCGGGGACGAAAGUGCGAGUCCGCCGAUUCCGAGGUCCAUGACGCAAUCACCGAACCACGAAACGACGCAUAGUGCCAAUACGAGCUCGUUAGGAUCGGACAAGGGAUCAGACAAAGUCAUAAUCGUGAAGAAAAUGGAGCCUGCUCCUACAGCGGAUUUGGACAGAACGAACGACAAAGUGUACGACUGCACGACGAGCGUUGUACGGGCAGUGAUGUCGCUCUCCCAACGAGUACAACAGAGCAAAGCGGAUCAGUACUUGGAAAUGGUGCGAAGGGUAGGAGUCGAACUGCGCGCUCUCCUAUCGUCGGUGGACGCUCUCGUUGAAAUUUUGCCUGGCUGUGCGCAUCGCGAGGUCGAAAUGGCUCACAAAGUCCUCAGCAAAGAUAUGGCGGAACUCGUAUCGGCUAUGAAAUUGGCGCAAAGUUACAGUUCGACGACCCUCGACGCUGAAUAUAGAAAAGGGAUGUUGUCCGCAGCUCACAUUUUAGCUAUGGACGCAAAAAAUCUUUUGGACGUAAUAGAUUCGAUUCGUAUUCGUUACCCCCGCGUGAACAAUCAAAUAUGCGAAAAGCACAACGAAAUAACGUGCAACUCCCGGCAAUCGACACCGGAAAAUCGCAUACGUUCGAGCCAAUCGGGCGAGCAGUUGUUACUCGGGCGAAGCCAAUCGACCGAAAGGUCAGAAGCACCGUUCAGGCAGAGUCAGAGCGGUGAUUUGCUUCAUCGACUCGGACAGUCCGUCGAUCGAGCAUUCCAGGGUAGCCAGACGAACAUGAACGCGAUUUCGAGUCUGGAGCGACGUCACCACAUGGUGACGAACAGUUUGGAGAGGAAUUCGACGUCGAGGAAACAAGUAGGAACGAACAGCUUGGAGAGAAGAAGACCGUCGAUAACGACGGGUUCGAGCGCCACGAGUUCCUCGCGUAAUCCGGUCAGUUUACCACCGAUUGUUCCGGUCACGUGUAGCCUCGUACAAACGAUAGCGCCGGUUAUUCAUCCGAGUCAGAUAAUAACGACCGACGUGAGCCAGCAAUUGGGUCAUUCGACCAACAGCAGCAACAGACAGCAAGUGAUGAACGAGACAGCAGGGACACCGAACAACGAUAGCUAACAACGAGGGCUCGUCCUCUGCUCCGAAUGUCAUUCGGUCGAAGCCUAAAAAGCGCAGCAGCGAGAAGCCAUGAGGAAGGGGAGAAAAGGGGAAGGUGGACUAUAAGUUUGAAGAAAAAGAAAUUAGCAAGACGGCAAAUGAAGACCAUCAUUCACCAUCAUCUUUUUUUUUCUUUCAUCCAUCACGCCGUUUCAAAUAUCAAUUACGUCAUAAUCAGUAUCAAUAGUAUUUAAUGUGCGCAAAUGCGCUCGAAGGAUCCACCCGAGUAUAUCGAACACGGGGCAUCGUUCACUUCCAAAUGUAAAUAAAACGACAAGGACGACGAACUCUUCGAGGUAUGCCGGUUGGAAAUUCUUUUCAUUUCCAUCAAAAGGAGGGACUCUAUGUGCUUACGAUUUUUUUUGUUUUCGUUUUGCGUCCUCUUUCGUACAUACGAUUUUUUCAUGACUGCGUACUUGUAAGUAGGUACAGUAUUUACUAGAUUUUUAAUUGUCUAUUAUAGUUAAUAUUAUAUUAUCGAGGAAAGGUGAAAUAAUAGACCGUAGCUAUUAUUGAAAUGACAACUCCAAAGCUUUAGGAUUACUCAACAAUAUUUGUUAAUUAUUGUACGCUGUACGAAAAAAAGGAACUUACAACAUCAGGGGCAACGAUAUUAAGAGAAUAAAUUACACAAACCAUAGAGCCGGAUGACGCAUGCGAACUGAUCGAUUUCAAUAUAUUUACACCGCAUAUCAUACUACCCACCGUUGCCGCUGUUGCUGCUGCCGCUGAUGCCACUGCGAGAUACUCGUAGUCAACAAAAAUUAUCACUAGCAGCAUUCAAGCUCUCACGCUUUUGUGGUACUUAGCGAUGACGAUAUGGCUCUAGGAAUUUAUAAGGGAAACAAAAAUUGAAAAAUGAACAUUUCGAAAUUUUCAUGGCCAACAGCCUGAGGAUCUCUCCUCUGCCUCGCUCUACAGGCAGUUUAUAAUACAUAUAAAUACAUAAAAAUAUGAAUAUGAAUGUAUAAAAGACGACAAAAUGUACUCGGAACAAUAAGAACUUACGAGAUCAGUCGCAAAAAAUGAACUGUCCCACGAUCGAUGAAUGAAAAUGUAGACUCGUAUUGAACUAAAUCUGGUCAACAAAACUAGCGUCGUUAUUUAUUUAAAAAAAACUCUUUUUUUCAUGCGCGCUCUCAGGGGUAAACCAUGCCAAAGAUGAAAAAGUUACAGAUUACACGCAUUUCGACAGAAAUUAUGUCCUCCACCGCAGAUUGAUCCUGCAGAGAGAUUCUGAUGCUACAUUUUUCAAUGGUAUCUUCACGAGAGAAUAAUUCAUCUGUAGAGGAACUUAAUGGUAAGAAAGGCACCAGAUCGAAUCUCUAUUUGAGAUUCGGUACCAAUUUCAAGUUUACAUUUUCAAACAUUGUUCGCUGGAUGUUCCGUAUAAUUUUUUGACACUUGGAUAGAAAAAAUGUUUUUUUUUUUUUAUUCUCUUUAAAAACCCACGUUAGACAAUUUGGGUUUUUUUUUUUUUUUUUUAAAGAACGAAGAUAACGAGAACAUUGAGCGAUCAAUAAAAUCAAGUCUUUCCGUGUUUCAUGUGAAAUUGAAUCUAUGUAUAUGGAACAAUGAAAAAAACUUGAUAAUCGAUGUUUCUUAUUUUAUCGAUUAAAACGAGAUGGUUGGUAUGGACGAAAAGUGUUUGUGACACGAUGAAUUUCCAGCGCGCUAACGAAAUGUUUGAUUAUUGAUUAUAAACGAGAAAAAAUGGGUUUUGCAUUGCCAAAAUUGCGAAUUCGGCCCACGUUCAACUCUAAAAACAAAAGAAAAUGCGCCUCGUACGCGCGCGCGCGUUCAUGUUUUUCGUAAACUUUCAACGACUCGAUGUUGUAAAUUUAUUAGAAAAAAGCGAAUAAAAUAAAUUAUCCCGCGUAUGAUUAUAAA